AAACGAUUUUCGGUGAGAUGCAUGACUGCUCGAACAGCUUCAUGUCAAUGCACGUGAUGAGGAGGAGAUGCCUGCAGGCACGUGAGGCACCUGUGGUGCUUGUGGUUUUGUGUGCGGCGGUGUUGUGCGUCGGAGGUUGUAUCGGGGAGGUUGUACUGCUGGAGGACGAAGCAGGCACCUUGCACAUCAACACGAGUGACCCGGCAACGCAGCAUGUGGUGGUGAACGGCGUGAACGUGGACACGCUGUUUCGUGCGGUGGAGACGCUGAUGGCGACGGUCUCGGCGCAGCAGAACACCAUUGAUGCGCUCUGCCAAGUGAAGGUUCGAGCGAAGACGUUCGGGCAGCUUGAAGCACAGUCCACCAAGUGGACUGGCGGUGCGCUGGCUGACAACGGGUUGAUCUAUGCCGUGCCCUACAGCUCGCCCUCUGUGCUCAUCAUCGAUCCGAGCACGAACACUGCCGACACUACCACCAUCUCCAACCUUGGCAACGAUCUCGGCAAGUGGGCCGGUGCCGUCCGAGCUCACAACGGCCUCAUCUACAUGUUUCCAUCCUUAAGGACAACGAUGUUGAUUGUUGAUCCCGACACCAACGUGGCCGACACGACCAGCAUCCAGUCGCUCGGCACGACGAGCGGAAAGUGGUUCAGCGGCGUGGUGGCGGACAACGGGCUCGUCUUUGGCGUCCCUCUUUCGGCAACGUCUGUGCUGAUCAUCGACCCAGAGACCAACUCAGCUGACACCACCACUCUUGGUGGUCUGGAGCCCGGUUCCAACCAGUGGUACGGUGCUGUGCAGGCUGCCAACAACCUCAUCUACUGCACUCCCAUCGCAGCCACGUCUGUUCUCAUCAUCAACCCGGACUCCCUUGUCAUGGAUCUGACCACCAUCAGCGGGUUGGGCGCAGGGGGAGUCUACAAGUGGAUCGGAGCCGUGCUUGCAGGCAACGGGCUCGUCUAUGGCAUCCCAUAUGGGUCCUCAUCAGCCCUGAUCAUUGACCCAAGAACCAAUGCAACAGACACGACGACCAUCAGCGGGCUCGCUGGAUCACGCAAGUGGAUCGGUGGCGUGCGUGCACCCAAUGGCAAGAUCGUUGGCAUUCCGCACUAUUCCCCCUCCGUCCUCAUCUUUGAUCCAAACACCAACAGCACGGAUACGACGGCCAUCAACGACCUCACUGGUGGAAACGCAAAGUGGUAUGAUGGAGUUCUCGCACCUAACGGCCUCGUGUACUGCAUCCCAUCAAGCGCUGAGACAGUUCUUGUCAUUGAUCCAGGGUGCUGACACGAGAUGGGGAGG